AUGAGCGCACCUAGAGUUGCAUGGAUAGGUCUCGGCAACAUCGGCCGAGGAAUGAGCCAAAACAUCUCCCAAAAAGGCCCCCAAACCGAGCCCCUCCUCCUUUACAACCGUACAACAGCACGAGCAACAUCCCACGCCUCAAAACUCCCCAACACCAAAGCCGUAACAACCCUCACAGAAGCCGUAACCCAAUCGAACGUGAUCUUCACCUGCGUCGGCGACGAUGCAGCCCUAAACUCCAUCGUCACUGCAAUCCUCUCAGACCUCACAAUCCCCCAAGACCUAUCAGACAAGACCUUCAUCGACUGCUCAACCGUGCACCCGGAUACAUCACGAGCCACGGAAACAGCGUUCAAUGCACGUGGAGCUGGAUUCGUCGCGUGUCCUGUAUUCGGGGCACCGAAUAUGGCCGAUGCAGGCCAACUGAUUGUCGUUCCGGCCGGGAAGCGAGCAGCUAUUGAGAAAGUGCGGCCGUUUUUUGAUGGGGUUGUUGCUAAGAAGACGAUUGAUCUUUCUGUACUGGGUAACACGUUCAUUCUUAAUACUGUUGGUGUUCUUGCUGAGACGCUUGUUGCUGCUGAGGCGUCUGGGCUUGGGGUUGAGCCGUUGCAGGAAUGGUUGGGGCUUUUUGCGCCGGGGCCGUUUGCUAAUUAUGCAGAGAGAAUGGUUGGUGGAGAUUAUUGUACCCGGGAGGAGCCGUUGUUUGCGGUUGAUCUUGCUAGGAAGGAUUUGGGGCAUGCUUAUGGGAUUGCGAAGGAGGGGGGUCUGCGGAUGAAGAAUCUCGAGGUUAUGGAUGGGCUUCUGGAGGUGGUUAAGGAGGAGAAGGGUGCUAAGGGAGAUGUUGCUGCUGUUUAUGGGGCAGUCAGAAAGGGAGCUGGUAUGGAAUUUGGGAAUCAGUGA